AAUGCUUCGUACAAAUAUGUCAAUAGUUAAUCUUAAUCAUUAAUAGAGUUCAAGCUCUCUAUUAUAAGCCUUAGUUAAUUAGAGGCCAAAAUCAUCAUAAAAAUCGCAUUCACAAAAAAGAGUACCUUCUGCGAAAUCUAGUAAAACCAGCCAAAUUGGCUAACCAAGUUAUAAGGUACUUUUCAAUUUUAAUAAAAUUUAGUUGGUCACAUCUUCUCUAUGUUAACCUAUACCAAAUUUAAAACAAGAAGUAUCUUAACGAACAAAUGAGACCUUAAAGCCAACGUAAAAUUUCUUAUGAUUUAUAGUGAUAAUUCUACAACUGAGCCCCUAUAAUCUUAAAGAAUUUAAGAGUAAUAAAGUGAAAAGAAAACAAAUAAAAAAACAUCCUUAAUAUAAAGAACAAUAUUUGGGUAGAGUGCUGCAUCUUUGGGAAUAAAAUAAAAGACAGUUAAAUUAACAAGAGAAUCUAGAAGUAAUAGCAAAAAAGAAGUGCAAUAAUCAAUAAUUGAAGAAUCAACAUAAUAAUAGUAAGUUACGAAGGAAAUAGAAAAUGCUGAGGCUACUUAAAAAUUAGAAUAAUUGAUCUCAAAAUACAAAAAUACCUCUUUUUUUAAUUAAAGUUCACAAUAGAAUUAAUAUCAAGCAUAACUAGUAAGUCCAUAAAUAGUUCUAAGUGUUUCUUAACCUAAAGAAAAUUAAUCUCUUUAAACCACUUAAUAAACCUUAUUAUCAUAAGCAUCUUUAGCAGUCUUGUCAGAGUAAGAUUAGAAUUUAAAUACAGCUUUUUCAUAAUCAACUAAUUUAUAAGUUAAUUAAACUUAAAUAAACAAGUAUGUAACAAGAAUCUCAAGAGGGGCAAAUUUUAUUCCAUAAAAAUAGAAUUCUAAUUCAGUUAAUACUUCAGUAAAUACUAAACCAACAAGAAAAAGAAUGAAUUCGCCAUUACAUGGUUAAAGAAGGUCUAAAGAAAAUUCUAUUGUUACAGAAUCAUUAGUGAGUCAUAGAGAAUCAAAAUCUAAACUAAGAAAUUUGUCAGGAGAUAGAAAAUUUACACCUGCUCAAAAGGUAAACUUAGGACCAUAAGUACCUUUUUAAGAGUUUUAAUAUUAUAUGUCAUUUGCUAGAUUUUUUCAUAAAGAUAAAAAAUUUGAAACUUAAAUAAAGCAACUAUUUAAUAAUAGUAUUAAAACAUAGCAAUACUUCUCUGAAAUUUAUAUAGAUCAUAUUUAAUAAAGCUUUCACGCUUUAUAGUUUUGUAAAGACGCUUAAAAACCUAAACUAGAAGAUAUAAAAUAAAAAAUUGUAAAUUUACCUCCUAAUAGAUGUAUAUAUAUAUUAGUAUAUAAUUAGUCGCAAAAAGUAUUGUUUUUGAUUUAGAUGAAACUUUGAUUCAUUGCUAAGAAUCAAAUGAUGAUCCAAGUGACAUAGUAUUAACUAUAAAGUUUCCUACUGGAGAAACAGUGGAUGCUGGAAUUAAUAUUAGACCAUAUUGUAAAGAGAUGCUUUAACUUCUAUCAUAAAAAUAUGAAAUCAUAGUAUUUACAGCAUCACAUGAAUGCUACGCUUAAAAAGUAUUGAAUUAUCUGGAUCCAGAUAAAAAAUUUAUCCAUCACAGAUUUUUCAGAGAUAGUUGUAUUGUGAUUUAAGAUGGAUUACAUGUCAAAGAUUUAAGAAUAAUAGGGAAUAGAAAUUUAAAGGAUAUGGUAUUAAUAGAUAAUGCUUCAUAUUCAUUUUGCUUUUAAUAGGACAAUGGUAUUCCCAUAAUACCAUUCUAUGACAAUGCCUUAGAUAAAGAACUUGUUUACUUAACAACAUAUUUGAUGGAUCUAAUGUAGGAUCAAGAUAUUCCAUAAAAGAAUUCGAAUAAUUUCAAGACUUAAUUGUACUCACAAGAUAUCACUUUUGAAUAGUUAAUUACAAAGCUAUGA